UACCUCAACCGCAGUUCACGACAUACAGACAAACGAGUGCAAGCUCAUCUCUAGUCUUCUCUCUCUCUCUCUCUCUGUCUCUUUCUCUCUCUUUCAGAGUAUCAUAAAAUACCCUUGAUUUUGUUUUCUUUUGGGUGGUAUUAGAGUGAUAUUAUGGACAAUAAUAAUGAAGAGGUUCCAUCAGCUCCUUCAACACCAGCAACGCCAGGGACUCCAGGUGCUCCUCUCUUUGGUGGGUUUAGAGCGGAGAGAUCAGGAACUAAUAGAAAAUCACUUCUCAAGGGCUGCAAAUGCUUCAGUGUUGAAGAAUGGGCUCUGGAGGAAGGCAGAUUACCUCCUGUCUCUUGCUCAAUCCCUCCUCCUCCUGUCUCACUUGCAAGAAAGGUGGGAGCUGAGUUCAUAGGCACUUUUAUACUGAUAUUUGCUGGAACAGCCACGGCCAUUGUGAACCAAAAAACACAAGGCACAGAAACACUAAUAGGCCUCGCUGCUUCUACUGGUUUAGCUGUAAUGAUAGUAAUAUUAUCAACAGGCCACAUCUCUGGAGCACAUCUCAACCCAUCUGUCACUAUUGCUUUUGCUGCUCUCAAGCACUUUCCAUGGAAACAGGUGCCAGUGUAUAUUGGAGCACAGGUGAUGGCCUCAGUGAGUGCAGCAUUUGCUUUGAAAGGGAUAUUUCACCCAAUAAUGGGUGGAGGAGUAACAGUUCCUUCGGGAGGAUACGGUCAAGCUUUUGCUUUGGAAUUCAUUAUUAGCUUUAAUCUCAUGUUUGUUGUCACUGCCGUGGCCACCGACACUAGAGCUGUGGGAGAGUUGGCGGGAAUCGCGGUGGGGGCCACCGUCAUGCUCAACAUACUCAUCGCCGGCCAAUCUACAGGUGCAUCCAUGAAUCCAGUGAGAACUUUAGGGCCUGCUAUAGCUGCAAACAACUACAAGGGCAUAUGGAUCUACCUCACUGCACCCAUUCUUGGGGCACUGUGUGGAGCAGGAACCUACUCUGCUGUCAAAUUGCCGGAGGAAGAUGCUGACACCCGUGAAAAGCCUUCAGAAGCAAGGAGCUUCAGAAGGUGAUUAUCAACAAAUCUGUAUUAGUUAUCCAGAAACUGUCAGAUAAACAAAUGCAGAUGAUUCUAAAUCAGGAGAACAAACUCAAAAGUCUCAAACUACUGCUUCUGAAGUUCCUUCUAGUAGGUACAUACACAUGCAAGAGAGAUAAAACAUGAAUAGAAUGACUCUGUAUCACAUAUGAAGAGUUCUUUACUUUUGUGUGCAGUAUAUAUUGGAAUUCUGUAACAUGGUGGUCUAAGAAAAGCAAUUUCAGUGCUCCAAUACACUUGUCAUUUACUUCUUCCUC